CAAAAAGCAAAAAAGUUUGUUUGGCAAAUUAAAAAUAAAUCGUUUAUAUAUUUUAAACAAUUGUGUAUUUUGAUGUGCAUUAAAAAGUGUAUGCUGCGGUCCACUAAGAUGUGUGCAUACUUAUAGGCGUUGUACAGAAAUUCCUAAGCAACAGCGCGACGUGGGUUAAAAAAAAAAAAAAAAUCCAGCUACCAAAUUAAGUAUCUACGAAAGUAGACAGCAGACACUGGACUUUGCACCAGCGACGAGUGCACAUGCACACUUUGUAAAAAGCAGCACAAAGUCUCAAGUGCGAAAUAGAAAAGCAAAGUUACAUACAUACAUAUAUACCGAAAACUUUUUCUUUGAUUGUAUUUGUACGCGUGUCCUUUUUGGAACAUUGUUCGCCUAUUCUCCAGCGCCAUAUCGAACUACAUACAUUUCUUCUCUUUUCGGUAAAACGUGGAGUUCAAGUUUGCAGCGCUGACGAGUGUACAACAACAAAUUUCCCUUAGAAAUACACCUACGGGUGUGCAUAAGUGUGUACAUUAUAUUUGAGCUUAAGUUUUCUCACAAGUAUUAAUGUGUGUGUGUGCGUGUGAAAAUACACACAUACGCACGCACGCACGCACGCAACCGGAUAUAAGUGCGCAUAUGUACAACCGGCUUUAUUAGCCCAUCGGAUGUUGACUUCAGGAAGUGUGAAAGAUGCAUAAUCUGUUUGGAUUAUGAAACCUGUUAGCCAACUGCGAAGUGCGAAGGAAAAAAUAAAUGAAAGAAAAAAGAUUACAAGAGUGUACAUAUUUGGUGCGUGUACGACAAACGCAUGCUACAUUCAAAGAUUCAGUGUAAUAUAAUAAAGGCCAUAUCCUCAUUGAAGAGGACUUUUGUGAAAAUCUCUAAUUUUGUGAAAAAUUUAAUUUAGUGCCAAUCACUUUUUGGAGCUUAAACGUUACUUUCUACACCGUAUACAAGAAUUCAGAUAGGCUCGGCGAUACUCGAGUGCUUUGCAGAGCUUUCAAUGAAGUUUGUUUAAGGGCGCAUAUGGCACAUUAAAGCAAGAGAUUCCAGAUCUACACUUUAAUGAAGAUCUAAAACGCCAUUUGUCUUAUAAAUAAGGCAUAAUUCAACCUGCAAAUUACUUUUAUGAACGAACCCUUCCAACAACUACAGCAAAGACCACUAAUCCCAAAAGUACCACAUUUGGGUAAAAAUUUCCAAUUGAUUAACAGCUUAAAAGGGUACUAACGCAUUAUCUGUACCCCGUACGUGUGCGCGUGAAAUAGGGCGGCAAAAACGCCGAAACCAUAAACGGAUAUGGAAGUGCGGGGGAAAUGUCGCUGGAAAGCUAAUCAAAAAACCCAAAAUAAACUGCAAGAGAAACAACAACAACAAGAAGAACUGCAGCCACAACAAACAACACAACAACUACUUCAACUAGCCCAACGGAAAUGCCACCAAAAGCAAAGCGAAAGAACGAACCACCUACGACUACAUAAAACUCAAAACCAACAACAACUGGAACAACAAAACCCACACUACACAAGGCCUAAACCUUCAAUCAUUACACAACAACAGCCGAAAACACUGCAACACACAUACAGCACCAAUGGGCAACAGCAAAAGCAACAACAGAAGGAGUGCCAACGAGAGCCCGAACUAUCGCCCAUUUAUCAUCAUCGAUGGCCAAUGCCACCGUUGCUGCUGACGCACACACCCACCAACAUACGCACGCCAUCGGCAAAGCCUACACGCACAUCAACAAAUCCAAAUGUGGUCAAUAAGCGUGGACGCUUCACUGCAGCUGCCACUUCCUGUAGCAUAGCAAUUGUAGCUGUGACGGAGGCUGUGACGAAAACAAAAACCCUUUCGAAAAUCGUGUGCGGUUGUAUGAAACGACUUACUUGGCUAUGGUUGCUGGCGCUGCUCGGCGCUGCGCAAUUUACGGCAACAGCUCCAAUCCUCGCAGCGACAAGUACAGCUGCAGCUGCCACAGGCGUACUGCUUGCGCCGAAACUACUGCCACAUGCGAUGGUCACCACCAGCACCAGCGCCGCCACCGCCGUCGCGACUGCCGCAGCAAUGCUGGCUCGCGCAUCCGCUGCACAUGCGGCCAUCAUUGCCGCUGAUCUCAGCACCGCGACCAGCAGCACUAUUGAGCCGCGUCUAAUGCGCUACAAAUUUCCCAUUGGCGAAGCAGACGUGGCGGAAAUGGUUGUUGACCCUAAUGCAGAUGCAGAUGCGGAUGCGCUGGUGCAGGUGCAGGUGAAGCGCAUUAACUUGUUGGAUAAUGAAGAGGAUGAUGAUGCGGCGUCACCGCCGGCACCCUCCAAUGGCGAGCUUGACGAAGCAGAAGAAGUGGUGGUGCCAGCACAGGAAGCAUUGUACGCAGAUGAAGAUGAGGAUGAAACUGAAACUGAAACUGAACAGCUGGUGCAGCAGGCGUCCAACCGAAAGUUGAAUAGCAAUGAACAACAGUUGCUGGUGUUCUAUAGACGCGUGCAACAUGCUACUGAGCAAGAGACGCAGGCACAUCAGAAGCCACAACGCCAACAAUCUGCCACGCAUCGUAAUUACCAACGCGACGAUGGUGGUCGUGAAUUAUUGCCUAACAUUCGCUAUGGUUCCAAGUUCGACGAUGUUGGCGUAGCGUCCACAAAAACCGAUGCGACUGCGUUGCUCACUGACAGUGAGUUAGCGGAGAAUUUGGAGCACAAACACGUUACCAAACGCAGUGCAACAACUAAACUGUCAUCGACGACGCUCGCCCCAUCUAGCGGUGCGCCAGUAGAAGCAAGUGUGGGUUCUGGUAAUGCUACGAGUAACGUAACAGCGGCAGCGAACAGCACUGUGGAGGAAAAGUGCGAGCCAAAGGUGCUCGAUGAGGUGCCACCCGAACCGUUCUUCGAUUUCUCUGACAUAGCCGAAGAUGCCGCCCGCCAAUUCACAGAGUUUAUAGCGAAUAAAUUUGGCAGCGCCGGCCCACCAUCGCAGCAGGCAAUCACCUCCGGACUGCGCGAAGAAUUGCGACGACGCGCCAAUGGCAUAGCCAGCUAUGCAUUGAAUGAGGAUGAGAAUCUCUUGGCGUUCGCUAUUGCAGCGCCGAGUAUACAAACGGUUGUGGUCAAAUUCAGGGAUGAUGUAACGAUACCACCGGAUCAGGUACACAAUAAGGCGUUUCUUGGUUCCUACUGGCGUGAGUUGGGUGUGGCGUGGAAUAGCACCGAGGGUACGCAGGAAUGGGGUGCACCAUUCAGAGAUUGUAAUGUGCUGAAAGGACGUUGGUUGUGGCCGUUUCGAAUUACAUUUACUGAAAACAAAUUAAAAAUCGGUGCUGCCGCCUUUAUUGCUGCUGACGAGGAUGUUUGCAAUGAUGGGCUAGAAGAAGUCUUCGGACGAAAGCAUGGCUGUGAUCGCAAUACCACAUUUUGCCUGCUUACGGAGAAUAAGCCGGCAGCUACGCGCGACGUUUACACUUGCAUCUGUCGUGAAUCCUUUUAUUUACCCAACUCAACACUGCAAGGUUUUCGUGGUGAUAUUGUCGAAGCCUCCGAAGGAUAUAGCAACUACUCGUGCAUACCCUGUCCGGAUGGUUGUACGACAUGUGAUCAACAUGGCGUUUGUUUGCUGGGUGAACCACCCGAAGUUGUAUCGAUGGAGAGCCUGCUGAAUGUAUCUGUGGGAUCGGUAUUGGGCGCGUGUAUGCUUUGUUGCAUUGUACUGAGUGUGAUUGUAUUCCGGCAGCGGAAGUGUAAGGCAAUCGCUUCAGGCAUGUGGACUGUGCUGGAAACAAUUUUACUAGGAAUCAUAUUACUUUAUGCAUCGGUUGCCGUCCAUUUCUUUCCCGCUACCACCGAACGUUGCUUACUUGAACCGUGGCUGCGCGAACUUGGCUUCAUCACCUGUUACGGCGCCAUCAUAUUGAAACUGUAUCGUCAUCUUGUCGAUUUUCGUACACGCAAAGCACAUCGCUGGGUGUUGCGGGACAUCGAUUUGCUCAAAUAUUUGGGCACCAUGGUAUUUGCGGUCACCUGUUAUAUGGCCGCCUUCACUGCCGCCGCACUGGAUUUGAUCGAAGUGUCACAGUUGGGCUCAUUGCGUGAACAACGCACCAACACAUGUCGACCACUCAAGUGGGAAUAUGUGACACAGGUUAGCGAGGUGCUGAUACUAUGCUUUGGACUGCAUUUGGCCUUCGCCAGCCGCAAUGCCAAUACACAAUUCAGAGAUAGACAAUUCCUUGUUGCAGCGCUGGCCAUUGAAUUUCUUGUCUCGACCACAUUCUAUGUGCUACGCUUUUUCUAUUUGCCCGAAAUGAGUCCGAGUGCUAUUUUCCUAGCGCUUUUUCUGCGUUCUCUAUUGACCAACACCAUGGCGUUGGGUUUGAUAUUUGUGCCAAAAUUAUGGUAUCAGCAUAAGCAGUGUUUGUUGCAAAUUCAUAGCUUGCAGGUUCCCUUGCCCAUGAAUCUAUCAAUACGUUUACCUGUGGAUGCUUUCAAGGUCAACGAUCCCCAACGUCUUGGCGGUGGUUAUGCUGGUCUUUGUUUGGGUGAUCCCGAUAUUGGUGAACUAACCAUUGCCGAAAUGAGCCCAGAGGAUAUACGCGCUGAACUCAAAAGACUGUAUACACAACUGGAAAUUUUAAAAAAUAAAUCUCUACGCCAGGACAAUCCGCAUAUAAGUAAGCGACGUGGCGGACGAAAGGCUGGACAUCGUCGUUUCUCAUUGCAAGCUCUCAGUGCCAAACAUCGUAGCAACAAACAUCAUCAAGAUAUUGAAAUUACCGAAGCCGAACCAUCGCGCACACCCGAGGACUCAGUAUGCAGUGUUGAGGGACCAACAGAUGCCGAGAUAUCAGGCAUUUCGCAUUCAAUGCUAUCACAUUCGGCUAUUUCACACUCCAUUAUAUCGCAUUCGAAGUGAAAUACAAAGUCGGUGACUUGGGUGUAAAAUAAGUAAUAAAACAAUAUAUGUAUGUAUGUGAAAUGCGGAGAAAAUUAAGAAGCAAGAAAACCGAAGUGAAAGAGCUAAGUGAUAUGCAACAAGGUGUUUGUUUUGCAAAAAAAGUCAGUUUGUACUGGAAAAUGUUGACGCUGCUCUUAAAAAUAUGAAAGAAAAAAAUUUCUGAGAGGAAUGUAAAAGAUAAUGAAACUUACUUGUAGUGAAUGUGGUAAAUAACUCACAUAUGUAUAGGAAACAUAUGUACAUAUGUAUGUACAUAAAACCAGCAAAAUAUGUACAUAGCUACUC